GUCCGGCUGUGCCUCCUAGGAGACUCCACCAGGGGUCAAAGCAGGUCUAUGCUCUGAAAUGGCCUCUGCUGGCCUCCCAGAGUGGCAGGGGAGGCAAUAGCCAGGCAGCAUGUGCAUUUGCGGGGUGCUCCGAGGCUGACCUGGGCUGCGAGGGUGGCAGAGAUUCAUUGCUGCAGCAGCAGUAGCAGGCAGCUCAAACGGCGGAAAAAGUGUGAGGGGGAGGAAGGAAGCCCAGACCACAGUCUGUGCUCUCACACCCGAGCGAGCGGAGAGCUUGCUGAGAGCUGCAGCCAUCCUGCCAUCGAGGGGGGAAAUCCCCUUCACCCCCUCCCCCAGGGAGCUUGCAUAGCAAGCAGCCUGCCUGGAACCGGCUGCUGCACGAGCAGAGACGAGCAGAGGAGCUGAGCUAAAUGCUGCUGAGGGAGGGGAAAAGACUCAUGAAUGACGAGGGGGAGGGAGCUGAUAUUGGGCACUAGGGCUCUGCGGCCCUCUGGGCUCCAUGCUGCUGAUAGCGAGAAAUGUGAGCUGGCUGCAUCACUGCAGUACCCACUGCAGACACACAGAGAGAGGGGGAGAGAGAGCAGCAAGGAACCAGCUCCCAGCACUGAGCAUCCUGGGGACAGGCUCCCUCACAGCUCCCAGGGAGAGCCUUCCACAGCAGCAGCGAGAGCAGCAAAGAGACCACCUCCAGCACUGAGCAUCCCCAGGGGACAGGGUCCGCCAGCAACAGCAAGGAUUUGGCAAGGCCCUUGCUUCCAGCCAGCCCUGUAUCUGCUGUGCUGCCAAGGAUCUUGCCUUUGCAGAGAUGAUCCCAGGAAAGCUACUAGCAGAUGCUGCCGCCUCUUGUAAGGUUCUGCCAGUUCAGUAGCCUGCAGAUGCCGUGUGCGCUUGCCGUCGCAGACAGUGUUGCAUCAGCUUCUUACCUGUCGAAGCAAAAUCCCAUCCUGCCCAGAGAGCAGGUUUGCUGUCGUACUGGUGCGAGGAGUCGAGGAAGCGAAAGCCCUGGGAAGAGGCAGUUGUCCUUCAUCAUUGCAGCCUGGAAGAGUCGCAUCCCUGGGAUCGAAGGUGCAGUCAGGAGCAGUCCUAGGGAACCUCCGCAGCAGGCCUGGCAGGGAGCUGGGCUCGCUCCUGAGCCCACUGGCCUGCAGGUACCUCGGAGGGCUGGCCAUUGCACAGCAUCCGGAACAAGCACAGCUGGGGGAGAGCCCUUCCUCCUUGAGUGCGGCCUUUGUGUCCUGCCCUUUAGGGGAUAAUCACCUCUUUGCUGGGCUGGAUAUUGAACAGCAGAAGAGGCUGCACUGAGCAGGCUGUUGCCAGGGGCCAUCAGGAAGCUGGACUGGAACUGAGGAAGAGCCAAGCACGAUUUGGAGAGGGUGUGGAUAACAGAGUCAUCUCCUCUGCCUUUCAGAUAACCUCUAGUGACUGAGGCCUCCAGUCCGCUGGCAGUUUGCCUGGCCCAGAGAGAGGAGCCAGCCCCACAAGGCAGGAGCCUCCUUAAAUAACAGAGCUUUGCAGCCCCACAGCCCAUCCCAGCCUUUUCCUGCGAGUGGCUGCAGGGAACGUGGAGCUGAGGCUGGGGCAGCGAGGCAGGUCUGAUCGGUGGCUACACCCCCUGCGUCCCCACCAACGGAGCAUGCCACUGCAAAGGUGAGCCCGGUCCGCUCCUCACCCCAGCAGGACGCUUCCUGGCUCUGGGUCUGGUGCCCAGCUACUACCCUGGGGGAGCUGCAGGCUCCGCGAACCUCAGUGACUGCGAGUGGGAGAGACGAAGUCAGAGCAAAGGAAUUCACACACACAUUCUUCAGCCCUGCCAGGAUCUUACCCAGAAAGAGGAAUACAGGCUGGGUGGGGGCAGGGCACCUGUGGAAAGGUGCAGGGAGCCCUCCUCGCAGGCUGCACUGAGCAUAUGCCUGGUGGGAGCUGUCCUGGGAUGAACUGGGGCCCUGACUCAUCUGCUCCAGGGCCAGGAGAAAGCCUGGCUGUCCCUAAGCCUCUUGCCUGAGUUUGCUAUUUCCAGCUGAUGAUGAUCUGGCUUGGAAAGCGACAGCACACAGAGAGUGGGAGAUCUCUCCAUGACAGGGCUGCCACAGGAUUAAGCAUCUGAGAAAGGCACUGCGGGGAGGAAGAACUUUGAUCAUUAGAUUGGAACCUAGGAGCAGAAAGGCUCCACUCAGCAGAAUGCUGCUGUGACUGCAGCCACUUCCUGUGCACGCCUCCAUCUGCGGAAGCAGCACCUCUAGGAAUGCGGGGGAAGCUAGGGUUACUGGAAUCCAGAGGGAACUUGGUUGCCUAGAGCUGCACCUUUCUCCCAGGAUGUGCCCCUGCUCCAGCGGCUUUCUCCAGCCCUAUCGCUUCACUGCCCGAACACGAUUGAAAGCUCUGCAUGCUGCCGGCGUGUUCUAGCCUCAUGCAGGCUCCCCUUGCAGAGCCCAGAGCAGCGGACAGCAAUGUGAAAACCAUCCUCAUGUCGUGUCUCAAAGGGCAACAAGUUAUCAUCAAAAUGGAGGCGAUGAAGAUCAUCCACCCAGAGAAGUUCUCGGAACUCCAGGCCUCCCAGCCGCGCUACACCUCAGCGCCCCGCCGGGAGCCCCCCCUCGUGGCCAAGCGCGCCUGGCCAUCAGAGUCCGAGAUCAUUGUCAAUCAGGCUUGUGGGGACAUCCCUGCCCUGGACAGUAAUCCUGGCUCUCUGGGGCUGCCCCGGACUCCGCCCCUGCCGCGGCGAGAGCGAAUAUACCAAGGGCAGCGCAAGGGCAGCUCAGAGGUCUGUUACCACCGCCAGCCGCCCUCAGACGAGGUGAUCGUUAACCAGUACGUACUGCACCCCUCCACACCGUGCGAGCCCCUCGAGUGCCCCACCUGCGGCCACAUGUACAACUUCACCAACAAGCGGCCCCGCAUCCUCUCCUGCCUGCACUCGGUGUGCGAGGAGUGCCUGCAGAUCCUCUAUGAGUCCUGCCCCAAGUACAAGUUCAUCUCCUGCCCCACCUGCAAGCGGGAAACCGUGCUCUUCACUGACUACGGGCUGGCCGCGCUGGCCGUGAACACCAGUAUCCUGAACAGACUGCCGGCUGAGGCCCUGGCUGCCAACCCCGUACAGUGGAGCAGCGACGCCGACCGCAGCUGCUACCAGACCUUCCGCCAGUACUGCGGCGCAGCCUGCACCUGCCACAUCCGAAAUCCACUGUCUUCCUGCACCAUCAUGUAACCUGUGCAUCCCGCCCUGCCUAGCUCUGCACCGCCUCCCUGCCCCGGGGGCCGGACAGUGUGAGAGAAGACCACGGACCAGUCCCAGGGGAUGACAGGACCGAGUGAGGGUGGCAGGUCUGACUCGCUCCCCUGGCACUGCACUAUACACAUCAUCCCCCUGGCCCAGCUCCCCGCUCCAGCACAGGGCAUCCCCACCUGCUCAGUGCUCAAGUUUAGGUGGGGGCUGCUGGGAACACAGCCCCCGUGGUAAUAAGAAGCCACUGGCUGAGCAGAGGUGCUCCCCUUGGGCUUGGCAGUGCUCCAGAGCAAGGGACAUUCCUAUCCUGCGGCUCACGCUCCCCCUGUGCGUCUGGACAGGUGCCACCCAGCCCGCUGUGCUCACUCCCUGGGCAGCUUGCUUCCUGUUCCCUUCCCCUGGCUCUGUGGCCUGGUCAGGGUGGAUCAGCUCCGCCCAGGGGCGGCCCCACCACUGGCCUGGCUGACCCGCGGCGCUGGCGCCCCCAUGCUGCUCAGCACACUCAACCUACAGAGGUGACACAGGUGGAGAGCCUGGGAGCCUCCCAGGGCUGAACUGGGCUGCACGUGAGACCUGUACCUGCCUCCCACAGGGAUGGGAUGGGGAGGUUGCCACACGUCAGUCAGAUCCUCUCUGCAUUAUUUGCCAAAGCUUUCAUCUCGGUGGCCAAGCUGACAUGCAUCAAAGUAACUGCAGCCAAUUAAACCCGUUGCCAUUGGCCUCCCAUUAUUAACGGACAUAGCCCAUUUCCUCCACAGGCCCUCCAGGAAAGCUCCCAUUUGUCCUCGUUUUGGAGGAUCUUUGUUUGCCCAUUCCUGUCUGGGGACGCCCCAUCCUUUGGGUGGUUCGUGUUAAUAAAGGCAUUGAGUUGUGAUCCUUC